AUGUGGGUCUGGAAUUCUUCGCCGUCCAACCAGCGCGAUUCGCGGCAGCAACGAUGCUGCGUGCUGCGGCCGCCGCAGUUCUCGCGCGCCGCUGGUCAGCGCGGCCUGCUUUUCUCCGCAGCGCUCGCGCUUGCGUUCGUGGCGGCGUGCCACGUGGACACAGCGGAAGCAGGCGCCUUUAAAGCCACGGACGAGUUCAAGCCGCCAUGCGGGCUCAUGACAACCCCAGGAGCCAAGGUUCUUUCAAUUCCUCCCGCCUUUCUUUGUCUUUCGCCUACUGUCUCCGAAUUUUGUCCCCGCUUCCCCCCUCUUCCCCCGCUUCCCCUGCUUCCCCCGCUUCCCCACCUUCCGCCUCCGCAGGCUGGAGGCGAUGGAGCGAUUGGCACACGUGCUUUGAGGCGCCUCAAGAGUCUUCCCCGCCUUCCCCACCUUCCCCGCUUUCCCCGCCUUUUCCGCCUUCCCCGCCUUUUCCGCCUUUCUCCCCUUCCGCCUCCGCAGGCUGGAGGCGGUGGAGCGAUUGGCGCACGUGGGGAGGCAAGACGCGCUUCCUGGGCGUGCCGGGGCGGGGUUUCUUUUUCAGGCGCGCUAUUCCUCCGAGGCUUGUUCUUUCCCGUUCCCGUUUUCAGGGUGGAAGCGGUGGAGCGAUUGGCGCACGUGGGGCGGUCCGAUGCGCUUCCUGGGCGUGCCGGGGCGCGGGCUGCGGAAAUGGGUGGACGUCACAAUCCCGGCUGGCUCAAGGUGCUCGACUCGCCGUCGCUCCCGCGGAUCGACGUCAAAGCGCAUUUCGUCGUCGUGAUGGGCCGGCUAACGGCGGGCGAGCCGAGCCGCCAUUUCUCGAGCCGCCUCACCUUCACCCUCUUCCCCGGGAGCCGCAAGCCGUACAUGCUGUCGAAACUCGCGCCGGCGGAUGCGGCGAACCCGCGUGAUCUAGGGCACAAGGCGUUCAUCGUGGUGGGCGGCCAGGUGCAAUUCCACGGCAUGCCGGGCGGGCGGCAUUUGGCAAUGACGCAAUUAUUCAAAUCCCCUUGUCUCAUUUCUAUUUUCCCUCAGGUGGGCGGCCAGGCGCAAUUCCAUGGCAUGCCGGGCCGGGCGGCAGUUGGCAGCGAGCAGACACAAUUUUUCACGUGCAAUUCCAUGGCAUGCCGGGCCGGGCGGCAGCGACACCCCGACAACCCAUUUACCUACACGACUCCAUUCAAUAGAGGUGUUGUGCUGUCUCAUGUUGCUUCUCAGGUGGGCGGGCAGGUGCAAUUCCACGGCAUGCCGGGAGGCAGCAACACGCCCUCGUGGGUGCGGCUGAGUGAGACGGCCAACGCCGGCCAGCGUUACAUUCUCGUGGACGCUGACGUCAGCAAAUGGGCGGCGGGCAUGACGGUGGCUCUGGCCUCCACCAGUAACAACCUGAACGAGGCGGAACACCACCUGAUCGCCUCAGUUGCCGCUGACAUCAGCAAUCCUGGCGUUUUCCGCAUCAACCUGCAGACCCCCCUGAGGCACACCCACCAGGGGGAGGUGUUACCUGACGGGGGCACGGGCACCGUAGGAAUCUUCGGGGAAGUUGCGCUGCUGGACCGCCACGUCAGCAUCCAGGGGACGAAUGAGGCGGCGCCACAUCAGCUCGACGGGGGACACUUUAUAAUCUACAUGACCCCAACCAAGCAGACCCUGGAGGGUGUGCAGUUCAAAGGACUCGGAAAUCAGGGGACCCUGGGGAAAUACCCCGUGCACUUCCAUAUCUGCGGGCAGAACGGGCAGGAUCACGUGGUUCGGAAAAACGCCAUCGUGUUUACCAGACAGGUACGGCGAGUGAGAGGUUUGGGAAGCGAGACAGGUAUGGGAACUGGCAUGCGCAUUUCUUUCUUUCAACAAGCUGUUCCCCUCUUCUCUCCCUCUGUUGUUCACAUCCCCCUCAACACCCUCUCCCCCACCUUGCCACCUUCCUCCUCCAGCGAUCCAUGGUGCAUGGUGAUUCACGCCACGGGCAGCAUGAGGAUUGAAGACAACGUGGCGUACGAGACCAAGGGGCACUGCUAUUUGCUGGAGGAGGGAAGCGAGCUGAACAAUAACUUCAAGCGCAACCUUGGAAUCAACGCCAGAAAAGGUGAUUCCCCCCGCCAGCAGCAGCAAGCUGGACAAGCAGACAGGCUGACAGCGAGAGGGACCGACAGCUCGUAUUCCUGCUCCCAACCUUUCCCAACCGUUCUCUUUCUCCCACCCUCUCCCUCUCUCAUUGCAGUGGAGAAGGUGAUUCCCCCCGCCAGCAGCAGCAAGCUGGACAAGCAGACGGACAAACAGCCCACCACGUUCUGGCUCGGCACCCCCCACAGCAACUUCAUUGAUAACGUGGCUGCUGGCUCGGAAGAUUCUGGAUUCUGGCUAGAGGCCACCCCAUACAUGCGGGGUGUGUCGCGCCUGCUGCCUGCGAUCGGAGCCAUGAACCCCCUCGCGUACAACUGGGGCGAGUACUCGGGGAACGUUGCUCACAGCAACGUGUUUGGGUUUCGCACGUACCCUCACGGCUCGUAUGCGCGCUACCCUGUGUAUGACGAAGACCCUGCUCCCUUGAAGGACUUUCUGAUCUACCGCAACAAAGUGGGAAUGUUCUUUUUCAACAGCGAGCGCAUCGUGGUGCAGAACGGAAUCUUCCUGGAAAACGCCAUCGGCAUAGACCUGAGCCGCAACGUGAAGCUCUCAGCCUCUGGCUGCAAGUUCAUCGCUCGGGCCGCUGCUGCUGCUGCUGCUGCUGCUGCUACCACCACUGCUGCUGCUGGUGGUGCUACCACCACUGGUGCUACUACCAAGUUUAUGGGAAGCGCCAGCACCAGCGGCAGCAAUGGUAUCAGAACGCUCAGCAGCAGCACAGCUUCUGGAGCCGAUUUUGACGCAGAGUUGGCUUUAAUGAAAGGCCCGACCACACUCACCCAACCCGACAGCCUCUCCCUUGCUCUCGGGCCACUGGACGAGGUGUAUGGUGGUGCUGGCCCGACCACACUCACUCAACCCGACAGCCUCUCCCUUGCUCUCGGGCCACUGGACGACGUGUAUGGUGGUGCUGGUGAGUCACAUCACAUCAACCACCCUCACUCAACCUGCCAGUCUACCCUUGCUCUCGGGCCACUGGGAGGGUUGGCGAUGCACAGUGUUCCUGACUGUGCGGAUUUCACUCGGCCAGAAGAAGAGUUAUUUAAGGAGCUCAAGAGCAAGCCGGGAGCGCUGGCUCGGGUGAAGCAGCAACAGAGGGUGGGGCCGUUGCAGCGGGUGAUAGGGGACGGCAAGACAGGCAGUUUUGCCUCGCCUGUGGGGAUUGUCACGAUGCCAGCUAUGCCGUGCUCUGCUGCUCACACGGUCAUGCACAUUGGCACGUGUUGUUGCAAGCCAUUUGAUCCGUUCCCUCGCAUCUCCUCCCCUCCCCUCCCCCUCUCUCCCCCCAGCUUCUCAAGCUAUGGCGCCACAGACGAUGCCAGCUUUGCCGUGCUGCUCACAGCCAACCAUGCGGGGGGGUACUGGAACAGUGCUUUCUACGUCAAGUCCUCGGGCACGCCGCCCCGGGGGGGUCUGGUGGCGCGCUUCUACGCCAUCCGGGAUCUCGACGGGUCGCUCCUCGGCCAAUCAGGCUACGCCGUUGCCAACUACGAUCCGAUCCUGCCGCCCGCCGCCGUCCGGGCGGCAAAGUGCUCGUUGGACAGCGCACAGAACGUGUAUGCGUGCACGGACGUGUGCUAUCGGUCGGUGGGGAUUGGAUACCACGAGUGGGGGGUGCGACCCAACGGCAUGGCUGGGCUUCCGGCUUACGUGCUGAGACCAUACAGUUAUGUGGUGGUAACCAGGCUAGAGGACGGUGCUGUGUUCACGGACUAUGGCACCGACAAUGACAACCCCAACAACGGCCCGGCCGUGCCAACCAAGAAAGUCCGGCGCUACCUCACAUCCUCUCUCCUCGCUGGAUACACCUACAGCAUGAAAAUCGUGCCCGCGCCCACCAACCCGCUGUUCUACCCCGAGGGGGUCUUUGUGCGGUCGUACGACCAGGAGGGGUGUGCGGGGGCGGUGACGAUCAUCCUGGAGCCCAAGGACGCCAACACACAAUGGGUCACCAGCAUUCCCACCUUCCCAUGCUCCAAUCAGAACAGCAGCAUGAGCUACAAGCAGUACCAAUGCAUCGACGGACAGGCCAAGCUGGCAAUCCUGAUAGGGGAGAACAGCCACGGCAAUCAUGCCAUUGUCAACGCCACUUCUUCUGCCAGCCAGGCGUGCACAGAAGACACGCCUUGUUCCACCACGACCGCCACCACACCCUCCUCCACUCCCCAGGCCUCCCCCUACUCCUCCGACCCUCUCACUCCCAUGUCCACCUCCCCUCUGCCUUUCGCCCCCGCUCGCACAACGGCCGGCAACAUCGACCCUUUCUAUGACCCCGCGUUCUACGCUCCCUUGUAG